AUGUACAUAUUUAUCAUUCAAGCACUUCUCAGUCCGGUCUCCAAACAUGUUUCGGUCCUUGUUGGAAUUAUUGGAGGGUUUGCUCUUGGAGUUCUGGUUACCUGGCUAUUGGUUGUCUUGAUACGCAAACUGAAGGCAAAUGUCCCACCCGGUGGGACCUCUGAAUCCGCCCUUAUCCUAAACCCAGACCAAAUACGUACUGAACUUCAGAAAGCAACGCAUUACUAUGUUCCGUCUGUAAAAAAUUGGAUUUUUUACCGGAUCUUCCUUGAUGGCAUCCCAGAGACGGAAGAGAUUCCGGUCGAUUCACUCUCAUCCAUCUUACAAAAAUCGUACCAAUGCAAUUUUUGUCGCCUUAUAUCCUUUCACGUCCGUCGAACAUGGAUGUUGGACAAGUUCCCUGAUGUCAAUCUCUCAGGUAUUCAAUGUCGGCUGCUUUCGAUGCCAUGUGGUUGUCUUCGGGGGCCCUUUUAUCCCCCACCCAAAUUUCGUUGCUACCGCCUCCACAGAUACCCCGCUUCAAGGGCGACAGCACGUUCGCUUACCAUAUACCUCAUGCAAGAAGAUGCUUUCAAGUUCGGGAGACCAACCGAUCUUCAUAGUCGCAGGGUGAAGAACACUGUGGACAUCGAUCUGGUAAAGAAGUGGAUUAAGCUGUGCCAGGAGAACCAUGGGGAUGAAUGUCAUGAUGUGUGGAGAAUGGACGGCGGAGAGGACAAGGACUUGCCGAAAUAUGUGAGAUUGGUGGACGUGGUGUCGAUGACCCUGGUUCCUGCACCUUCUGGCUGUCGUUAUGUGGCCCUCAGUUACGUAUGGGGAACCGUCAGCACAGAGUAUCGGACGACGACAGAUAAUAUUGCGGAGCGCUCCAUGCCUGGCGGGUUGAACACGGCAACCUUUCCGGAGACCAUAACUGAUUCUAUUCUAUUCACUCGACAACUCGGUCUCCGUUACUUAUGGAUCGACGCUAUAUGCAUCAUUCAGGACUGUUCGCAAGACAAAAUCACUCAGAUACAAUCUAUGGAUUUGGUCUACGGACUUUCUUAUCUCACACUAAUGGCCGCUGGCGGCGCGUCAGCUCGAGACCCUCUCCCAGGAUGCCGUCCACGAACUAGAACACUAAAGCAGCAUAUCGAGGUUGUUCAAGGACUUCAUCUCUGUGUGGGACCUCCAAGACUCCGGGAGGCUCUCGCUCUGUCCGUAUGGAAUACGCGUUGUUGGACCUAUCAAGAGAGCGCACUCUCCCGCCGACGGAUAUACUUCACCGAACAACAAAUCUACUUUGAGUGCCGGGGUGAUGUCUUCUGCGAAGACAUCGUCGCCGAAAGCAAGGGCCACCGAUUAUCCAACAGCUUUCUUCGGCGUUCGCGUGGAGAAUACUUCCCUCAGGCGGACCUCUUUGGGACUUACAUGGGAGCCGUCAAUGAGUGUACACGGCGCAAUCUCACCGUAGAAUCAGAUGUUGUUGAUGCUCUCACUGGAGUGACAAAUGCUCUGGCGACAGGCUUUAGGCUCGGUGACCCCGCUAGAGUCUUUUACUGUGGAAUAAUAUUGACGGACCUGCAUCAUGCGCUUCUCUGGCAACACAAUCCACACACACCUCGCGCUCGUCGUUCGCUCCCUAAGGGAAGCAGUUUACCUUUGCCUUCUUGGACAUGGGCUGCGUGGCGUGGCGCUAUUGACUACACGUCAGAGCAUCGGUAUCUGGGUAUCGUCAACGGUAGUGGCGAACCGUCGGUGGUAGAAACGUUUGUUAAUUCUUGGUACAUUGUGGACCAUAGUGGUGCUACGGUGCAGCUUGAUGUUCGCCGGGUUUCCCGUAUCGUUUCGAUUCCCAUGACAGAGGAGGAGAAGUCGGCAUAUUCCCCUCCGUCGGGGAUCUUAGACCCAACGGAACUGAUAUUAGACAUCCACCGACCGCUAGCACCAGGCACCCUCAUUUUCCGCACAACUUCCAGCCACUUUAACAUUGCACGGCGAGGGUUCAUCGUUCUUUCCCGUACCGCUACGCUCGGCGUGUGCGACGAACAGAGUCUUGGUCAUUACCUAGAAUGCGUCUUAUAUGUGAUGGCGGUCAGUCAGAAUGAGGGCUUGAUGCAACGUGUUGGGUUGGGCGUCAUUCAUGAAGUCUCCUGGAAUGCUUCACGGCCGGAGGAGAAGGUAGUGUUUCUUCGAUGA